AUGUGUCUAACUAGAACCAGAACUGGAACUGGAACUGGAACUAGAGCCAGAACUAGAACUACUAGUCAGGCAAAUGAAUCAAUCAAUCUGUACCGUAGAACUCUGGAAAUUAACGAUCAGUGGGGUAUUCCAGCACAGAGCGCUUCAUACUUCAAGUCUUUUGGUCUUCUGGUCUCCAUCAUUUGGCCCCCAAGCUUUCUUGAGACUCUUAUUCGUCCAGAUACUAAACGCGCCUACCAAAGAAUGGCCAAUGCAAAGUUCUCUGUAGAGGCUUAA